AUGGAUUCUCGUGGAUCAGUCCCCCAGCCCUCUAUGGUACCAGAAAUGGCAGAUCUUCUUCUUCAAAAGCGUGGAACUACCCCGGUUCUUUCGGUCAGCGAGGAAUGGGCAUAUAACUUCGUGAAACGGUAUCCUCUCCUAUCCUCCCGAUUCUCGAAACGAUAUAACUACGAGCGUGCGAAAUGCGAAGAUCCUAAAAUCAUUGGGGAGUGGUUUGAUUUGGGUUAA